UUACUCAGAAAUUGUGUUUCGACGAUAAUAAAAAUCCUGAUCGAUAACAAACUAACCUUUUUAAAAAAUUCUGCUCGCUAAUUCUGAAUUCCAUUCAGGGGCAUUCUUUCUAGCUCUCCAAUAUAGAUUGAUGUGACACAGUCUUCAAUUACAUUUUAAGAAAUGUACGGAGAAGAACCAAACAACUUUGUAACUUAAGAAUAAAACAUAGAAUCAUAGAGUUUCGUUCGUUAGAUUGCAAGUUCACUGUACUUAAAAAUAUUUCUUAAUUUCCUCGAUGCAUGAUUAUUUUUGAAGACGUAAAAUUUAUACGCCGCUGUCUUAACGUUUAAUACUAAAAGAUAAACAUCGCGCGCAUUAAUCGCACGCGAUUCCGACGAUCGAAACGUAUCACGAUCCACCACCAGCCCGGGAAACUUGAAUGCGAUAAACGUCAAUAAAUUAUUGCAUUCAAACGAGAAGAUGCAAAGUGAUUACGUGCGACACAUUUCAAUUGCGUUCUUGUCCCACUUCCAAUAUGGCGGGCAUCUUAAAGAUGCGCGCGAAAAAAAGGGAGCUGUGGAAGUAGUUCCCGAUCGAUGAGAAUUCACGCGGCGAGCCCGAGCGAGUCGAACGUGAACAGGUCGGUUAGUAAUUCCUUAGUGAAGAGAGACCCGGGAACGCGCACGCGAUAGCAACACGAAACACGGCACGGAUAAUAUGCGUUGACGACCGGCGGCGCCGUCGCACAUGCGCGUCCUGACGCGCCCCUGUUCGUCCACCGAUUUCGAUUUUAGUCACUCCCGGGUUCGGCUUCGGGGAAAAUCGUUCCGCUCUCGUAACAAGGACCGUUGAAACGUAUCGUGAAAAAAAGCUCUCCGGUCUCAACGACGAUUCUCUUGACGAGCAAAGAUAAAACGGGUCUUCACGAGUAUUCUCGCGUUCGACGAUCUCCCGCUCGCGACGAGUAUUAUUUGUACGUUGAAGACACACCACGAAAAAGGAAAGAACGAAAUUUAGACGAUUCCGAGUCGUCGUUUGAUACACGAACGACGAAUCUGUUACCGGCGAUCGUGGAACGUUCGCACACUAGAAACGCCGCGAUAGGAAGUCAGUGCUGGUUUCGUGUUGGCUAUCAUCGAGAGAGCCGAACAGCGGAAGAAAUCGGUGACAAGCUCGUACGUGAAUUUCGAAUAUCACUGUAGCAAUCGUUGCGUCAAGGGUCGAUAAAUUGUCGCGCGUGGUUGUCGGUACAACGGCUUUCUGUCAAGGCACUGUACGAAAACGAACCGGUUCGUAGCCGCGAAUCGGACGACUGGAUUGAGUUAAGUGACACCGUGAGAGACAACAAACAGAGGAACAGAGACGGAACGAAAAAAACCAGAGAGAGUACAGUCCGCAGAAGAAACGGAAGCACCGAUCGGCGUAGGAUCGGACUUUAAAGCGACGCGACAGAAUCAAGCACAACGGCCGCGACGGCGGGUCGGCUUGUACUGGUGGCCUGCAAGGACACCUUGAAGUUGACUGCCCGCCGUUUCCUGAAGGAGAAACACGACCGAAAUCGAGACGCGGCCACGUCUUCCACCGAGGAUAUCGUGGAGGGUAUCAGGCUCGAGGACGUCGUGAUGAAGCAGGAACCAGAAGACGAGGAAGACUGUUACUUCGAGGCGGCCGAGAUGCCCUCGCCGUCGUCGACCAAUCGUCACGCGGGAGCCACGCAUCGUGUUCGUUCGCAUGCACGUAGCCUUCGAGCUAUGACCAACCCUAGCGCGGUUUGGGCACACUUCGACUUGUGCGCGAACGAUCCUCUGCGAGCGCAGUGCCGUAUCUGUGGAGCGGUCGUAGUCAGAGGUGGCGCGAACCCUCGACAGUGCGGUACGACGAAUCUUCAUCGACAUCUUAGGGUACAUCAUGGUGGCAGACUCAUUGGCAGUCGUUAUCACGUAUCACAAUCAGCAUCUCAGUCAAAUACAACUGGCAAAACUAUUAGGAUAGCAGCACAGUCCCUAGUGAGACCUCACAUUCGAAACAUUGCACCAGCACCUUCACCACAGCACCAGCAACAGCAACAACAGCAACGACAACCAAAGACUCUUGUGUUAAAAACCAUACCCUUAAAAGUAAAACAAGUUGCACCAACAACUAUUAAAAUGCCACCUCGACAAACCAGCCAAGGAUUACCUCAUAACAUUGUGCAUCAACAACCUACAGAGGUCUGUUUAAGAUGGAACAGUUAUCACAGUAACAUGCAAAACAGUUUUCCAUCUUUGUUAGAUUCUGAGCAGUUUGUUGAUGUAACCUUGGCCUGCGAAGGCCGCUCGUUAAAAUGUCACAAAAUGAUAUUGUCGUCAUGUAGUGAUUAUCUUGCAGAUUUAUUACGUGAAAAUCCGUGUCAACAUCCAAUUAUUUUAAUGAAGGAUCUUAAAUUCUGGGAAGUCGAAGCACUAGUCAAAUUUAUGUACCGCGGUGAAGUUAACGUCGCCCACGAUAAAUUGCCGCAACUGUUAAACGCGGCUGAGGCGUUGCAGGUAAAAGGAUUAGCUGGACCAAAUCCUUCUUCACAGAAUCCAAAGCCACCGCUGCUUAUUCCGCAGUCGAAACCAUUAGUAUCUCAACCAGUUCCUCGAACCGCUUCAGAAACCAAAGAAAAAGCUUCCACUUCCGGAGUUUCUACACCGUCUAGUCCAAAACGUGGGCAAAAACGACAACAUUCAGAAGCCAUUGAACCAAAACCCUUCACAAAAAUACGCUUACAACGACCCGUCACACCAACAUCGCCCAAUACUAUAGUUAAGAUGGAACCGUUAGAUAUACCUCUUAGUCCUACGAUAUUUCCUGAAAAUAAUGAGGACAGUUCGACUCCCUCGAACUUUGACAAGCUGAUGAGUUUACACGAAGAUGAUGAUCCAGGUGGCAACGAAACCACCGAUGGUGAAAGAGAAAUUAAUUUCUGCGAAAUACCUGAACCGCCUGAUAUAAAUGACAGUGAGGAUCAAAUGGAAUUUGUACCUACAGACUUUUUAGAGCAGGAACAAGACAUUGUCGAGGAAACGGAAACGGCCUCCAAUAAAGAUAGUAAAGAAGAAUCUAGAGAUUAUAGUUCAGUUGAGAUUGAAGAUGGUGAAAGAUGUGAAGUUGAAAAGGAACAAUCUUCAAAGGAGAAGAAACCUGUUUAGUAAGGUCAACGAAUUUGAAUUAAAUUUAUUUAUUGGAUAUAUAUUGGAUUGUUUAUUGAAAAAUGUGAACGAACAUAACGAUAUCAAUGCUUUCAUUUUUUAAACGAAUUCUUAAAAUAACACAGUAUUGCUAUGAAAGUAGAAUUAUAUACUUUCACUCUGAAAUGCGUAUUUUUUAACAUAGCAUCGAUUUUAAUGGUUGUCUUUCAAAGUAAAACAUAUACACAAUUUUUGUGAUAGUUUUAUGUGAACUAUUAUUAUCAUGAACUUUUAAGUAAAUAUGCUGUUGCAGCUUUACUUCUCGUUGAUCUGCCGAAACGCAGAACAAAAUAUAUAAUGCAUUGGAACUUUGUCAUUUGUUUUCAGAAAAGUAUAAUUAUUGAAUUGUAAAUAGAACAUACGUAAUUAAAAAGUAAAAUUAUUUUUACCAUUUAUUGUGCGUAUCGUAGCGGCAAUAUAUAUCUUUCGAGCGUCUUCAUAAAGUUCACUAUUUGAAAUUGAUAUUCCAUACAAACGUUUACGUUAGUAUGAUUCAAAUGAAAAUUAUUAAAUUAUAAUGUAAUGAUUAAUUGUAUAUAUUUACAAAGUA